UUCCCAGAAGCACCAAGACAUCUCGUCAGACAGGCGUCCGCUGUUUGGAUUGGCUGUAAAGCGGCAAGGGACGGUGCCUAAUUUCUCCCGCGCUCUCCUUUUUGUCGUGGUCAUGGCAAGCUUCGAUUCUGGUUCUUUGCCUGACUUGCUGCGCCUUUAUUAUCGCCGCCUUUUCCCCUUCGGCCUUUACGGCCGGUGGCUCCGCUACGGCGACGUGUCAAAGAACUAUUUUCAGCGACGGGAGUUCUCAUUCACACUCCGUGAUGAUAUCUAUGUGCGGUAUCAGUCUUUCAACACCCCACAGGAGUUGGAAAAAGAAAUCCAAAAAUUGUGUCCAUAUAAAAUUGACAUUGGAGCCGUGUAUUCACACAAGCCUAUCCAGCAUAACACCGUCCACAUGGGUGCUUUUCAAGCUCAGGAAAAGGAAUUGGUGUUUGAUAUAGACCUGACAGAUUAUGAUGAUGUUAGGGAAUGCUGCAGCUCUGCAGACAUCUGCUCCAAAUGCUGGACCCUCAUGACAAUUGCCAUCCACAUUAUAGACCGAGCCCUUGUGGAGGACUUUGGCAUUCAGCAUAGACUGUGGGUAUAUUCAGGACGCAGAGGGGUCCAUUGCUGGGUGUGUGAUGAUGCUGUCAGGAAGUGGUCUUCAACUCUUCGCUCUGCUGCAGUGGAAUAUCUCUCCCUAGUCAAGGGUGGUGAAGGAACCAUCAAGAAAGUAACCCUCUCAGAUAACUACAUUCAUCCUUUCAUCAGAGCAUCAUUGGAUAUAGUGACACGUUACUUCAAAGAAUAUGCUCUCGUUGGUCAGGACAUACUUGAAAAUAAAGAAAAAUGGGAAAAAGUGUUAGCUUUGGUUCCAGAGAAUCAAGAUCAUCUUCGUGCCGAAUUCCGUAAAAAGCAUAAUUCAGAGCAACGCUGGGAAGUUCUGGAAAAAAAGAAAAUGGUACACGCUGAAAGGGAGAUUAUGCUGCAAUACUGUUUUCCCCGCCUGGAUAUGAAUGUUAGCAAAGGCAUCAAUCAUUUGCUGAAGAGCCCUUUCAGCGUUCAUCCAAAGACAGGACGCAUUUCAGUUCCAAUUGACCUGAAAAAAUUGGAUGACUUUAAUCCAUUUGCUGUCCCCACUAUAAGCCAACUCUGUCAUGAGCUGGACAUGAUUGGAAAAGAUGAAGGGAAUGGAAAGGAAACUGAAGGUCUGCUGGAAAGCUCUCGUAAAAGCCGAGAUUAUAAGAAAACCAGUUUAGCUCCAUAUGUGAAAGUCUUUGAACAAUUCUUGGAAGAAAUGGAGAAAUCUUACAAAGGACAACGUUUGAAAGAUAGCGACAUGCAGAUGGAUUUCUGAAGUUUUGAAGACACAGUGCAUUGUCACAGGGCAGUUUGUAAUUGUAGACCUCUUGACUGUUGCUAGAUUUGUGCACAAACCAGCCAUUUACAUACACAAACAUGCUUUUCUUACUGAAGAAGAGGUGAUAAAAGUGUUAAUAAGCCAUUCAGGUUCUAACAGCUGAGCACAACAUAAAAUAAAUAUUUGGUUUUGCAUAACA